AUGAUGGGAGAUAACGUCAGUUAAAGUCUUAACUACUUAAAUGUAGAUUUUUAAAAGGAAAUAAUUUUCCCAUUAAAUGUAAAACGCUAAAUGUUUGUCAGAUAUUUGUAAAAUUGAAAACUCACAAUCAGUUUUAUAGAUUUGUAACGUAGAGAUCAGUAUAGCGUCGUGCACGCGACAAUCUUAUGCCAUACGAGAACGUACGAAGUUAGCCGAAUUCUCUCGAUCUCUCGCUUCAAAUUUAUCAUUUAACUGUCGACGUACCGUGCUUCCAUCGAUUAGAUCUUUUACUGUCCCAACGGGUCAAAUAUCAUACAUCAAAGACGCUCGUCUGGGCAUGGUAAGAAGAAUCUUGAGAAUUUUCAAACAUCGACGUCAUUUUACAUAAUAAUUUAAUUUUUUUCAGCUUGUUUUAACGGAACAUUAUUUCUUCUAAAUGAUAUCAUUCGUAAUAUGUUUGCAUUUUUGUAAAAGAUAAGUGUUCGUUUAUUAAACAUUUGAUCGAAGAUAAUCAAACUGCCACGAGAAGAUAGCAAUAUUCAGCUCGCAGUAUCGUUUAUUGCGUUUAUAGUUGAGUACAUGGAUGAGUAAAAACGUUUAUGCAAUUUAUUGCACCGAUAAAAAUAGUUCCCUAUGAUUCAUUGAGUUGAUGUGUUCGUUUGGUAACGUAUAUCUAUUUUCUUAAAUCAUCCUGUUCUGUAAUUCAUAAUUAGUAGUGGAAUUUGAAAUUUAAAAAAAAUUUCAAAACAAAUUACGAUUUUUAGCAAUAUCAAUGCGAAAGUUAUUAAUUUUUUACGAAAAUUAACGUAUGAAAAAUUAUAAAAAUGAAUGGUUUCCACCUUGUAGUUGAAAUUUACUGAUCAUGUUCAAUGAUGAAUUGGUGAAUUUAACUUUGAUAAAAUGAAUCAUUUCAGUUAAUCAAUUUCUAUCCUCUGCAUAAUUAUAUUAAUGGCGUAAUUAUAUUAAUGGCGGUGACCUCGUUUACUAUUUUCACUGAAUCCAUUUCAGUGAAUUUUCCACAUUAAAUUUCGGAUGCAAGAAAUUGAUUUUUUUCUCUUUUCUAUUUCAAUAAUAAAAAAAUAACAAAAAAUGUCACUUGUAUUGUAGAAACGUGUAUAUUUGCUUCAGACAUGUCGCACGAUAUGAAUGGAAGAUGCAACAUGGAACCGGAAGAGCAAGUCCCAAUCCUGCAACCGGAUGAAAAACUUUUCAAAAGGCUGAACAUUUUAAUUGAACACUUUCGGUCGACGUAUAACGUCGAACCUUCGUUUUUCGUCAGAGUACCAGGAAGAGUUAAUUUAAUUGGCGAGCACAUCGAUUACUGCGGAUAUGCUGUUUGCCCGAUGGCCAUUGAACAAGAUAUACUGGUUGCUGUAGCGGUGUCGAAGAAUAGUGACAUCCGUCUCACAAAUGUAGACCCUAAAUAUAAAUAUUUCCAGUGCAAUAUGAAAGACAUUAGUGUUUGCAUCAGGGACGCCAGUAGUGGUCCAGACUGGUACAAAUAUUUCCUCUGUGGCGUGAAAGGAGCUCUUGAAGCGAUCCCCGAGGAAUGCGUACCUUCGGGAAUCUUGGCUGCAAUUUGGGGUAACAUUCCUCCUAAUUCUGGUCUCUCGAGUUCUAGCGCGCUAGUUUCUGCCGCUGUUCUUCUGACUGUGCACAUCAGUCAGCACCAAUUGUCGAAACGUAGAUUAGCUACCAUCAGCGCCAGCGCCGAGAGAUAUAUCGGCACUCAGGGUGGCGGGAUGGAUCAAGCGAUCGUGUUCCUUGGCAAAGCAGGCUCUGCAAUGCUAAUCGAAUUCAACCCCUUGCGUGGUACCGACGUCACGUUACCGGAAACCGCAGUGUUCGUUAUAGCGCACAGCCAGGCUUGUCACAAUAAAGCUUCCACCACGGAUUAUAACUUAAGGGUUGCGGAAUGCCGAUUAGCUGCACAGAUGAUAGCAAGUAAAAGAAAUAAACCUUGGGAACGCGUGCAAAGAUUAAUCGAUGUUCAAGAAAGCCUCGGUAUGACCGUAGAUGAAAUGGUUUCUGUUGUAACAACCGAUCUUCACGAAGAGCCAUAUACUUUAAACGAGAUUAGCAAAAAUCUCGACACGACGAACGAGAAACUUCGAGAAAUAUCGUUACUGCAGUGUUUUAGCGACGCGCAAACUUUCAAGCUGAAGCAACGCGCCCUCCACGUAUAUCAAGAAGCAGCCAGAGUGGUCAAGUUCUGUCGUAUCAGCGAAGAGAACGCCAUUGUGGAAGACGAAAAAUUACGGCAGCUCGGCAGCCUGAUGUCCAACAGCCACAUUAGCCUUCGCAAGCUGUACGAGUGCAGCCAUCCCAGUGUUGACUCGCUGGUCGACAAAGCUAUAGCAUGUGGCGCACUCGGAGCAAGACUCACGGGAGCUGGGUGGGGCGGUUGCAUAGUGGCUAUCGUAACGAGAGACAAGGUUUCGCAAUUUGUGGAUACACUGAAAAAGGAGAUUAGUCGAUCUGGAAUAAAAGAUGGAUUCAAGCUCGGCGAUCUGGUCUUCCCAACGGAACCGAACCAGGCAGCUGCAAUUUAUAUGACCUAGUUUUUUGCAUUUGUAUGUAAUCGCACUUUCAUCUUGCAUUUUAUAAAUCGUCGACCAAUCUAUUUAUCAAUAAUUAUCAUUUGUUGUGAUAUCAUAUACAACGUGGACGAGAAUUGAGAGUUUCUUCUCUUGCCUGUCUGAAAAGUCUGAGAGGAGAUUGUAGUUCGAUUGAUAUCGUUUCAUAAUGACACAAAUAGAAAAUCACUGUUCAGAGUAAAUUUGCAUCUAACACAGUGCAGUUCUUGCUGUUUAUACCGAUUGUAAUCUGCGGUGCCUUCUUGUUGCUAAUGAUAGAAUAAUAUCCUAAUAUACCUAGAAUAAUUUAUGUUACAGUUAAGGAUUCAUAAAGAGUAACAUGAAAUAUAAAAACGGAUCAUUGUACAAAUGUCUACUGUGUCUUUAAAAGAAUUUCCUUAUAAAGUGGAAUCUCUCCCCCGAUCAUG